AAGUCAUAACUUUGCCUUCAAAAAAAAAAAAAAAAAAACCGAAGAAAAGAUGUACACUUACAGCAGUAAUCCUAGUGGCAUAACCUACAAUCCUACUACUUCCAAAUACUCAGUCACCUUCGCAGGAAAAACUAUAGAAACUACGCUCACUGACAAAGCCACUGUGACUGAUGAAUGGGUACGUGAAAUUCUUUCUUUGCAUGGUAACAGUCCCAUGGUUGUUGUUGGCCUAGACAUUGAGUGGAGACCCCACGAAAUAAGCUGGAUGAGCAACAAAUCGGCCACGUUGCAAUUAUGCAUCGAUCAAAAAUGCCUUAUUCUUCAACUCUUUUAUGUUGACCAACUUCCUGAAUCCCUCAAAGAUUUUCUCAAGAAUACUAAGUUUAUAUUUGUGGGAAUUGAGGUCGCUGAUGAUGUAAAAAAGCUCAAGGAUGAGUAUGGGUUGGAGUGUGGUAAGUGUGCUGAUAUUCGUGCGUUGGCCAAACAGCGUUGGCCAGGGAGGUUUCGUAGACCAGGGUUGAAAGAUCUUGCUUGGGAAGUGGCAAGUUUGAACAUGAAAAAGCCUAAGCAUGUCUGUAUGAGUAAUUGGGAGGCAAGGGAGCUGAAUAAUGAUCAGGUUGAGUAUGCUUGCAUAGAUGCUUAUGCUUCCUAUAAGAUUGGGCACAAGCUGUUACUUGAGUAAAAUUAACUUGUCUUUUGCCCACCAUGGAACUAUGUGUGUGUGUAUAGAUGAGGCAUAAUAUUAUAUAAAGUACUUAUUUUCUAAUUUUGACAGUUCUCCUUCGUUUGUUUUGCUCUAUUUAGAAGCAGACAAAUGGGAGCUGUAUAUUAUCGGGAAAUAUAUAAAUAGGCAUGCUUUGGUGGGUUGUGGCGCAAGUGCUGGAGAUGGCACUUAAUGUUGUAAUGUUUUGAAUUAGAUGCUACUAUAACGUAUAGUACUCUUUUCGGAUUUAACAAGAAAGCAAGGUUUGCUUGUAUAAUAGAAGGUGUUGUGAUUG